AUGGAGACAGUGAAGUCUUGCAACUCGUGGAAGAGGCAGCUGAGCGUGGGCGUGAGCGUGAUUUACGCGGUCGACACUCGCAGGGGCGCGAGCGAGGUAAAUUCACCACCCUCCAAGACGGGAACCGAUGGGGGCAAGGGACUCGAUGGAAGAAGGGCCGAGGAGGAUCAUCAUGUGGCGGCAACGCUCAAAACAGUAGCGCUUGUCGACGACCCUUCCCAUGAAAUGAUCAUCGUGAAUCCUUUCAAAAAUGUGAGACUCAAGCAUCUUGGCGACGCAAUGGAGUCUUGGGCUCAGAAUGCGUCCAAAAGACUCCAGACUCGCUUCAACAUCAGGGCGUACUCAUUCGACGUCUACGAAGUGUUUGAAUCUGGCCCCAAAAGACUUCAGACCUUGAUUGCCCAUCUUCAAAACAAGGUCAACGAACUUGAUUGGGAUGAAGAGUCGCCCCUCCAUUACAGACGAUCUGAGAUUAAGGUUCAGCGCAGUUCAAAGUCUGCCAUGGCGUCCCGAGAUGUCAAGGGCAAAAAAUCACCAAAGAUCGUGUUCGUCGCUCACAGCCUGGGGGCAUGGGUGGUGAAAGGUCUCUCUCCAUCGCUUAGCGGAGCCGCUUGUCUUGUCAUUCUCGAUGCAAGAGCAUCUUCAGCAAAUGGCGAUUACAUGCAGUAUCUCUUCAAAUUGACAGAACUCUUUGCCGUGCAAUCAAUCAAGCCAGCACGUCUCGAAGAGCUGCGCAGGUUCCUUCAAGAGACCGACAACACCUUCAAUGAUAAAGAACUAGGGGUCCAGAAUCUUGCAACAGGAGAUCAAACCAAGUCUCCCUUUCAAUUCAGAAUCAGACACGAAUCUAUAUGGAUAUCAGGAGAUGUUAGCUCGCCUGCCAGUCCGAGCAAGAAACCGCGACGACUUAGCAAGACCAUCAACAUUGGAUCUUCGCUGCGUGGAAUCAUCCCAGGAGGACCAAACCCAGGCACUACUCCAGGCUUAUUGGCUGUCCAACUUUUCAACAGUGUCAAUUUGGAAUCCAUGCUGAAUUCGUUGAUCUCUGAUGACUUGGGUCUCAAGCGUGAGAGAACUGAGGAACUGGCAACAUCAUUUUUUCGGACCGGCGAGUUCCACAACGCUCAGCGUUUAUUCAGCAUUCUUGACAACCAGGGCUCCAAUCUAGCCCAAGGCCAGAUGAUCAAUGUUCGGCUAAGCCUCGCCCAGACAUUCCUCUACACAGGCGAGUACCUUGAGGCUCGGCGCCGACUGCAAGAUCUCAACGAUCAGGUUCUGCGCAACAAGUUUGGUCAUCUGAAAUCGCAUAUCAAGCUCGAAAUUGAUAGGUGGCUCGCAGUCUCCUCUAUCUUCCUAGGUGACUAUAAUGACGCGGCAGAACGCCUUCGAAGGUUGCUCGAUCAGUUUGACGACACGAGAAACUCGGGACCAGAGGCCAAUGAUUUUUAUAUUGCAGUGAGAAGAGAUCUUGCCCUGACUUAUGCACAUCUUGGCCAAUAUCUUCAAGCCGAAACGUUGCUCAACCGAGUCGAUGAAGAUAUAGCAAAUUAUCGUCCCAGUGAUGACAUCGACGUGAAAAUCACAGCUCUCUCGGUCAGCUUUGUACGCGCGACAUUGUUUAUGUUUUGGGGAGAAAUGUCCGAUGCCUUACGAGAGUCUGAGAAAGUACGUCGGGGACUUCAAGAGCAACUCGGAAGAUAUCACUUUCAGACACUUGAGUCUGCAAGCCUUCAAAUCCGCAUCCUGACAUACAUGUCCCGGUAUGAUGAAGCUCAACCGCAGUGUGAUGCGCUCAUUGGAGACAUGUCACGAGAGUUGGGUCGCAACCACCCUUUGACCUUGGGAGCCGUUGAAAUCCUUGUCCACAUACUCCGCUCUCAGUCUCGAUUUGCGGAGGCUCUGGAAACAGCAAGGUCACUACACAACCGGACUGAGAGUUGUCUUGGAGCCGAGCACCCGCAGACAUUACGUACUAGGAGUCAUCUUGCAGCCACUCACUUCGAGCUUGGCAACUAUAGAACAGCAGAGAAGGAAAUUGAGGUCGUUCUCUCAAUCGGUGAUAAACGCUCAAGCCUUGGCAAGACAAGGCCGGACGUUCUCGAAUAUCAUUGCGUUAAGGCACGCAUACUGAACAGAACCGAAAGAUCCGAGAAGGCCUUACAGCUUGCGUUGGAUACCCUCGAAAAGCAGAUGGUGCUGUACGAAAAGGUGACAGCAAGACCGAAGAGUGCAUCUUCAAAGAUCGGGCGCUUGGAUGGUCUGGUCUCACGACCCCCAACACUAACGUUCAAGAUCAACGAUAAACACAGCAAUCCUGUCGAGGCCAUUGAAUCGACCUUGAAUGACAUGGAGAGAGAUACAAAGGGAAGGAACAGGAACUUUCCAAUGAUAUCGACUCUCGAGCUACUCGCCCUAAUCCUCAGACACUAUCGGAGUGAGCAGCUGCAAACAAUUGAUCCUGGAAGAAUCAUGGGAAUUGUUGUCAACCACCGACGUGCCAAGCUUGGGGAUGACCACUUGGACACAUUGAACUCAGAGCUCCUUUUGGCAUUGAUUGCUCGAGACGAGUCCACACAUGACAGUAGGGAGUACGCCAGCGACGCGCUGUACGAAGUGUGGCGCAAGCUGUCAACAAAGUUUGGCCAAUCUCACCCACUGACACUGUCUGUUGAGCGGGAAGUUGUCGUAACGGAUUGCAUGCGCGCAGUCUGGGUUCAAGGCGGUCCUGCACGCCGACAAAAUGAACUGAAACUCGGCUGGGAAAUGCUCCCGUCACCCAAUGACCCGAACAAGAAUGAUAGAGCUCAUAGUCUGACUCUUGCGCAGUGGGAGGAUGUGGAGUACGUGUCUGAAGAGGUUCUGCAAUUUCAGGAACCGCAGUUAGGGCCGCUGCACCCCGAAACUCUGAAAUCACUCCUUUGGCUUUUGCGGGUGCGGUCGAUCCUCAAGUCUAUGCUCAUGAACAGUCCCGAAUCCGGAAUACAUAUUGACGUGAAGAAAGUAUGGGACGAUCUCCGGGAUAGACUACACAAUUCGAACGUCGUUCAAGAGCGUCCCCUUGAAGCACAGCGCAUGGAGGAAUUAGCCUUGGAAUUAGCUGAGCAAGAGCGAAGAGCUACUGAUGCUGCGCUCCCCCGUAGCGGUGAAAACACGUCUAGCUAG